AAGAGCUGCAAACUUACAGCUGAAAAACACUAAAUCUGAUCUCGGAUGUUUCCAGAGACUCAGGACAAGAUGCUUGAAUCCUUCACCUUUGACCUCUGUCACCUGCGGACCUGCUGGAUCAACGUCAACAACACAUGUGGACCUUCAUAGAGGAGAGAAUGAAAUAUCUGAUCAUCUCACUUCUGUUAUAUGUAGAUCAAAACGACAUACAAAUCACUACAGUCUCCAUCUGCCCUUGUCAGUCAGCAGAUUUUGCGCUUCAAAUGGAUUUUGCACUGAAUGCUUCAGGAAAACCUGAAUUGGAUGAAAAAUAUUCUAAACAGGAUUCAAGGGAAAAGGAUGAAGAUCAAGUUGCAUCCUCUUCAUCAACUCCAUCUAAUGAGGGACAUUUCCAGUUUAAAGAGCUGUAUGAGAAUCCAUGGACGAUCCCCAAUUACCUCUGCAUGGCCCGGAUCAUGCUGUCGCCUCUUAUUGGGUACUUGAUAAUGGAGCAAUACUUCCACGUGUCCCUGGGUCUUUUUUUACUGGCCGGAGCAACAGACUUGAUGGAUGGCUACAUCGCUCGUAACUGGCCCAAUCAGAAGUCAGCUCUGGGCAGCGCUCUGGACCCAUUGGCUGAUAAGAUUCUCAUCAGCGUGCUCUAUGUUAGUCUGACAUAUGCUGAACUCAUCCCAGCUCCACUGACAGCGCUGAUCAUAUCCAGAGAUAUAGUGCUGAUCGCUGCUGUCUUCUAUGUGCGGUAUAAAACAGUUCCUCCUCCAGUAACACUGAGCAAAUUCUUCAACCCCUGUUACACCACUGCCCGACUAAAACCAACGCUCAUUAGCAAGAUCAACACGGCAGUUCAGUUGUUUCUGGUGGCCGCGUCUCUCGCCUCACCCGUGUUUCACUAUACUGACAGUGUUUUACUGCAGUCACUGUGGUACAUUACCGCACUGACGACCACAGUUUCUGCUUACAGUUACUAUCAUUACGGUAAAAAGACUGUUGAGGUGUUGAACAAGCAGAAAUAGUUUAAUAAAGCUGGAUGUGACUUUUGACAAAGACGUCUGGGAAUGUUUGGGAUAAUCAGAUCACUACUGUAAACUGAUGACUUAUUGUCUGUCUUUGGGAGCUGAGACAUGAAUUUGAUUACAGUAUAUAACUGAUGUGACACUUCUAAUCAGUACGUGCUCUUUAAAUCUACAAGUCUUUUUUUUAAAUCACUUUUAAUAAACUCAGAAUAAAAUUAGACAUUAUUUUGUGUUUACAUUAAGUGUACAUUUAAGAUUUUCUAAUGCUUUAAACAAAUAUUCUGGGUUGUUUCAAGAUAAGCUCAAUUAAGUGUUUGUGGCAUUAUGUUGAUAAUAAAAAGUGGUCUGACUCGUCCCUCCUUUAGUAAAAUCAUUUGCUAAUCAUUUCUGUGUUUUCUGUAGUCAUACACAUGCGCUUGCGUUUUCAGUCUCCCGUGUUGGGAUGCGCUUCAAUGGGAGUGAAUGGAGAGCGAAGUGUACCGGCUCUUCACGUCGGAAUGUUUUCAACCUGGUCUCAUAGAAUGAACGUUAAUCUUUAUACAUUUUUGCAAACUGACUUGUAUUAUAUUAUAAGAGUUGUAAACCACGAACCAAACCAACCAACUCUGAGCAGGGCUGGACUGGGAAGAGAAAUCGGCCCGGGAUUUUACAAUUAGCUUAUCAUAAUGCGGCGGCUCAUUGUAGCAUAUCUCGGACCGUUUCGUGGCCGACUCACUGUCCAGCUACUUGGGGGGUGUUCGCUGUCCAAUUCUGCAUAUCGCAGCGCCGUUUUGUGGUCUGCUCUGCAUGACGCGGCGGCUCAUUUUAGCUCGACGCGGACCAUUCGGCCCAUUUCGCGGCGACUCACUGUCCCGCUGCUUGGGGGGGGGGUGUUUGCUGUCCAUUUCUGCAUAUCGCGGCGGCGUUUUGUGGUCCGUUCUGCAUGACGCAUCGGCUCAUUUUAGCUUAUCACGGACCAUCCGUCACGUUUCGCGGCCGACUCACUGUCCCGCUGCUUGGGGGGGUGUUCGCUGUCCAUUUCUGCAUAUCGCGGCGCCGUUUUGUGGUCCGUUCUGCAUGACGCAUCGGCUCAUUUUAGCUUAUCGCGGACCAUUCGGCCCGUUUCGGCCCCAAAGUGCAUCGGCCCACCGGGAAAAUGCCCAGUAUGCCAGAUUACCAGUCCAGCGCUGGCUCUGAGGACAAUCACAUUACAAACUUUGAAGCAAAAAGUAUUUGAAAAUCAGACUAAAAGGCAAAGACACAAGACUAUAUAAACUAUAUAUAAUCCCAUGAAGCAUUGCGAAUGAAUGAAAAUAUAUAUAUAUAUACAAAUAGUUUGAGAGUGUAGGGAGAGCGACUCGAUUGAGUCAUUCACAGUGCGUCAUGGGAGUGGCCGGUCAUUGCAGAGCUCUUUUGGUGCACUUUGCCACGAUUCUCUAGUGGAACGUUACACUUCAAGAAACGUGGGUGUAUGUAUGGGUGGUGUCACCAAAUAAUAUUAUUCAUGAUUUUAAAAUUUGACAUUACUUCAACAAAAUAAUAUACCAUCAUUUAAUGGUUGGUUUGUUUUUAAAGGUUUAUAAAUUAUUGUUAAAAAUGUAUUUGCAUAUGAAAAAAAAAAUCAUUUAUUUGAAGAAAUCUCAUGCUUUUUUAUAUAAAAAUAUGUUAGAUAUGUAGAAUAGUAUUGUAGUGUUGACUCCAUUCAUCAAGCCAUUCAACCUUGUUAAGGUAUUGUAAGACAAUGUUUUUAUUUGUAUUUUAUUUGUAAAGGAAGUAUACUGUAAGUUUAUCAAUUACUACAAAACUAGCUAGCCUGUGCUGAAAAAUAUUGCUGUUAUGUUUAUUUAUUUUUUGUUGCUUAAAAUCACAAAUCAGGGUUUUAAACUUUCAGACAUGUCUCAAAUUUUGGUUACAGGGCUGUAAAAUGACAAACCUCUUUUAACAUUAAUAUAAAUGACUUGUAUUAUUGCUUGACCUCCUGAGGUUGACAUUUUCUGAAGCACCUUC